AUUUAGACUACUGUUGUGAUACUGCCAGGCAGUCUUCGUUAGAGUUUAUAAACUUCCGGUUCAAUGAUUUAGAAUAGUAUUCAUCAAAAUCCAUUUAUAAAAAUGGUGAGAAGUGAUAGCAAGUCUAGAGAUGACAAAGAAAAAAGUGACAAAAAGAAAGAAACCAAAGAAAAUAAGGAAAGAGGCAGGGACAGAAAAAGGAGAGGUGGAUCUUCUAGUAGUGACUCAAGGAGCAGUUCGUCAUCUUCUAGAUCUCGGAGUGGUACCAGGUCAUCAUCAUCUGGUAGCUCAAGCUCUGGCAGCUCAAGUUCAAGGAGUACUUCUCGAUCAGGCAGCUCUAGUUCCAACAGAUCCUCUAGUAGUGAUAGUAGUCGUAGCAGAGGAAGGGAUCGGAAACAAAGAACAGAAACACCUAAACGCAAAAAAAGAAGUCCUACACCAAAACCAACCAAAGUUCAUGUUGGUCACCUGACUAGAAAUGUGACAAAAGAUCAUAUUCAAGAAAUUUUUUCACUUUAUGGAACCAUCAAAAAUAUAGAUAUGCCAAUGGACAGAAUUCAUGCUCAUUUCAACAGAGGUACUGUCUACAUAGAAUAUGAAUCUGCCGAGGAAGCUGCUAAAGCAAUUAAAUUUAUGGAUGGAGGUCAAAUUGAUGGCCAAGAAGUAACAGCUGCAGCAGUUCAUGUUCAGCGCAAUCCAGCACGUCCACCUCCACGCCGAAGUCCCCCUCGUAGAGGUGGUCCACCACCCAGAUGGAGAGCGUCUCCUCCAAGAUUUAAUAGGGAUAGAAGAAGGUCUCCACCCAGAAGAAGUCCACCUAGAAGGCGAUCUAGAACACCUGUUACAAAAAGAAGACAUAGCCGUUCCAGCUCGAGCUCAUCUCGCUAGAUGUUUAUAUAAUUUUGUUUUGCUUUAUAUGUAAUUUUAAUUAAAUGCACAUUUUGAAAAAAAUAA